GAUGCUGUAUAUGACUACAAUCACUUUAAAUGCUUCAUUUAGAUGUUCAAUGUUAUUCCUAUGAGCGCGAUACACUAGGUGCGAUGAUGAUGAUGAGAUGUUCGAUGUUAUAUUUACUUCAAUUUUUUUUUAUUUUCUUUAAUUUCUCUCUCGUUGGGACAUGUCUGUGCUCACUUAAGUUACGUGAUGACAAAUGGCUGUUUUUAUUAAAACUUUCUUGAUAAUCUGAGCAAUGUAGCAAUGUUUUCCAGCUCAGAUGAACAUUUUAUAUUCGGAAGUGUAAUUAUAUAUUUCAUGCCCAUUCUUGAAUCUUGACUGACAAAAUUGUCUCUUCUGCUGUUGGAUUCCAUUAAAUGACUUUUAUUUUGAUCAGUUCAGUAACUUUGGGCCUUGGGUAUAUUAUAAUACAAUAUCUUACUUCAAUUUAUAUUGUUUUUGCUAUCCACUUUCUUCCUGUUCCUGAUGGUGCUCUUUGAUAUUGGUGAUCAUGCCCUUCACUUUAAGGGGCUGUUUAGCUGUUUUUAAAGGGUUAAAAAGGAAUUAAAUAGGAAAACACAAAUUCUUGUGAGAGACGGUCUCUUUGAGAGGCCAUUUCUAAUUGGGCCAGUUCAUAAAGGAAAAUAUAAAGUGAGAGUAAGCAUUAAGCUUUAAUGGGUUGGGCUUGAGAGAAGGUAGACCGGCUGAUGACAUGGGAGGAUUACAGACAAACACAUCCUGAAGUAACCGUGUUGGAUCCACCAGCUGCCAUACAACAUUUACACAAUCGACAGUCAAUGCUGCAGGUUGUUGCUGACUUAAACCUCUCCGACACUUAUGGGAAUGUUGAUGUCCCCCAACAAUUGGUUAUCAAAAAGGAUUCGUUAUCCAUUCCGUUAAAAGUUUCCAAGGCAAGGUUAAACCUUCCGCUUGUUGUGAAGCCACUAAUCGCUGAUGGCAGUGCAAAAUCCCACGAGUUAUCACUUGCUUAUGAUCAGUAUUCUCUACAAAAGCUAGAACCACCGCUCGUAUUGCAGGAGUUUGUAAAUCAUGGUGGCGUGCUGUUUAAAGUUUUUAUUGUAGGAGAAGCAAUUAAAGUGGUGAGGCGGUUCUCACUCCCCAAUGUUACUAAACGUCAACUGUCAAGAACCAGUGGUGUAUAUCGCUUCCCACGAGUCUCUUGUGCGGUUGCAUCAGCGGAUGAUGCCGAUUUAGAUCCUAAUGUUGCUGAGCUACCUCCCCGACCUUUGUUGGAAAAACUAGCGAAAGAACUAAGACAUCGACUGGGUCUCCAGCUUUUCAAUUUAGACAUUAUACGCGAAUAUGGGACCCGCGAUAACUUUUAUGUUAUUGAUAUAAACUACUUUCCUGGUUACGGUAAGAUGCCAGAGUAUGAGCAUAUAUUCACGGACUUCCUACUGAGCCUUGUACAGAGGAAAAAAGUACAAUAAUCAUCUAACAACUUGAUGUCAAAGCUCUUGAAACUUGUAGAAUAAUGAAUGUCUUCAAAAGGCCUCUUGUGAAGCGGGAAAGCUGAAGAUCAUUCCGUUUCUGUAGCAUUGCAAGCAUUCGCAAGGACUGCUUACACAAGAUAUGGAGGAAACAUGUACAGCUGAUCGACUAACACGUUACUCUUAAAUGUUGAAGGUGCCUGCUUUAUCCGAUGGCUUGUAGUUGAACCGAAGACGUUCUGUCCAUGUUUCAUCUGCUCAUCAAAUAACGAUGAUGAAACAAGCAUUCUCAGUAAUGUUGCUUAAUAAUUCUUUUGAUUUCACUGCCAUGUUUUCUGAGUUUUUUAACAUGUACAGGAAAUGAACUUGUAUAAAGGUUUUGCUUUCACAAGUGAUGAAAUGAAAGGUAAUAAUCCUUUUUGGCUGAAUUGUUUGCUUUCAAUCAACUUGUAAAGAGUAUAAAAUGGUUCCAAUUUGCUCCGGUCCUUAGACCAAUUCUAUUUUGGCUUCUUGCUUCCAA